UCGAGUACGGUAACAUUUUUAUUUCUAACAAGAAAAUCAAUACAAUCAACCGUAGUGAUCUCUUCACUGUAUGAAUAACAACAUAUAGAAGAACUCUGCAAAUUUCAGUUUUGGUCAUUGAACGUUGAAAGUCGACGUUUUUUAGUCAAACCGAUCUCAUUUCGUCUUCUCCAACUCGCUCAAUUUCAGAUCUCCAAGCUCUCCCCCAACUAACCACUGCCGCCGCCUGCCAACCACCGCCCGUCGUCAUUGACUGGUAUUGUUCUGCUCUGCUAAUGCGCUUAUAGAGAAUGUUUGGAAUAUAAUUUCAGAGACUGUGAUUGACGAUGGCUACUGAAGAAGGUGCUGAACAAGGGUUUAUGCCUCAGAAGAAGAAAUCACCCUCUGAUGAAGAUAAGAGGAAGAAGAAGAUUGUUCCAGGAAGUUUGAUGAAAGCUUUAAUGCGGCCCGGUGGAGGUGAUUCAAGACCAUCUGAUGGAGAUCAGGUCAUUUAUCACUGCACCAUUCGAACACUGGAUGGAGUUGUUGUCGAAUCUACAAUUGCAGAAAAUGGAGGCAAGGGUAUUCCAAUAAGAAAUGUCCUGGGGAAAAGCAAGAUGUUAUUAGGAUUGCUUGAAGGGAUUCCAACCAUGUUGAAGGGUGAAAUAGCAAUGUUUAAGAUGAAGCCUCAAUUGCACUAUGGAGAGGAUGAUUGCCCAAUUACAGUUCCCAGUGGAUUUCCAAAGGAUGAUGAACUUCAUUUUGAGAUUGAGAUGAUAGAUUUCUUUAAAGCCAAGGUCAUUAGUGAUGACUUGGGUGUCAUAAAGAAGGUCAUAACUGAAGGAAAGGGUUGGGAAUCACCAAGGGAGCCUUAUGAAGUAAAAGCCUGGAUUUCUGCAAAAACUUUUGAUGGAAAAGAGAUUGUUUCGCGUACUCAGGGAGAACCAUUCUUCUUCACUUUUGGAAAGUCUGAGGUACCUAAAGGUCUUGAAAUGGGAAUUGGCACAAUGGCCAGGGAAGAGAAGGCAGUAAUAUAUGUUACAAGCCAGUACUUAACUCAGUCCCCAUUUAUGCCAGAAGUAGAAGGUAUUGAAGAAGUAUACUUUGAUGUGGAGCUUGUCCAUUUUGUUCAGGUGCGGGACAUGCUUGGAGAUGGACGUCUAAUAAAACGACGCAUACAAGAUGGAAAAGGUGAGUUCCCCAUGGACUGCCCUCUCCAUGACAGUUUACUACGUGUCCAUUACAAAGGGAUGCUUCUAAAUGAAGAAAAUAGAGUCUUCUAUGAUACAAGGAAAGAUAACAAUGGACAGCCUUUGGAAUUCAGUUCAGGAGAAGGCCUUGUGCCUGAGGGAUUUGAAAUGUGUGUCCGAUUAAUGCUGCCUGGAGAGGUUGCACUAGUCACAUGUCCUCCUGAUUAUGCAUAUGACAAGUUUCCUAGGCCUGCUUAUGUUCCUGAAGGGGCCCAUAUACAGUGGGAGAUAGAGCUUCUUGGCUUUGAGACGCCAAAGGACUGGACUGGUAUGAAUUUUCAAAGUAUAAUGGAUGAUGCGGAAAAGAUCAGAAGUACGGGUAACAGGCUCUUCAAAGAAGGAAAAUACGAACUUGCUAAGGCCAAGUAUGACAAGGUUCUUCGAGAAUUUAACCAUGUUAAUCCACAAGAUGACGAGGAAGGGAAAGUGUUUGUAGAUACACGUAAUUUGUUAAAUCUGAACGUGGCUGCAUGCUAUCUGAAGAUGGGAGAAUGCAAAAAAUCAAUUGAGACGUGCAACAAGGUCUUGGAUGCAAACCCCGCACAUGUCAAAGCUCUUUACCGUCGUGGUAUGGCCUAUAUGGCAGGUGGAGAUUUUGAGGAAGCAAAGAGUGACUUCCAAAAGAUGAUAAAAGUAGACAAGUCUUCAGAACCUGAUGCAAAAGCCGCUCUACUAAAACUGAAGCAAAAGGAACAGGAAACGAAGCAGAAAGUUCAGAAACAGUUUAGAGGAUUAUUUGACAAGAAGCCAGGAGAAAUCGCAGAUGUUGGAACCGAAGACGAAAAAGAUAAGACAGUUGCAAAAGAGGCAAAUGUGGGCAAGGAAGGAGACUCAGAUGGCAAUAGUUCUGAGGAUUCUGAUGAAGUUGUGGAGGAUGCGCGUCAAGCGAGGUGGUUUUCAUUUUGGCCUAGUGGGAAACUUUUUUCAUCACUUGGCCUGGAAAGAUGUACAAUUUUGUGAUCAGUAUGAGAAAUAAUAAUACGUUUUAGAAUUCAUUUCAAACCAGUUGAGAUAUUGGUUUGGUAAAAUUUAUUCAAAGAGAGACAAAAUAUUAGCAACUUAAAUGUAACCAACUGUUAUUUUGUUCCCUAAGAUGUGCAAAAUGUACGAGUUAGUUAGCUCUUGUUUCUUUGUAUACCAUAACCAAUAAAAGAAGUGUAGCCUUUAAUAAUUGAAACGAGAAAAUAUUUGUUCA